CGCUCCCAGCACCAGUUGCUGGCCAGCCUGCCCCUGGCCGCCUCGCCUGCUCCUGGCUGCCUUGCAUGCCCGGGUCCUCAAGCUCCUUGUGCGUCUGACCAAACAGGGACCAUGUCUACCUUCGGCUACAGGAGAGGACUUAGCAAAUAUGAAUCCAUCGACGAGGACGAGCUCCUGGCUUCCCUGACGGCCGAGGAGCUGAAGGAGCUGGAGAGGGAGUUGGAGGACAUUGAACCUGAUCGCAACCUGCCAGUGGGGCUCCGACAGAAGAGUCUGACGGAGAAGACCCCCACGGGGAAUUUCAGCAGGGAGGCGCUGAUGGCCUAUUGGGAAAAGGAGUCCCAGAAGCUGCUGGAGAAGGAGCGGCUGGGGGAGUGUGGGAAGGUUGCAGAAGAAGACAAAGAGGAGAGUGAGGAAGAGCUGAUUUUUACUGAAAGUAACAGUGAGGUGUCCGAGGAGGUGUACACCGAAGAGGAGGCGGAGGAGGAGGAGGAGGAGGAGGAGGAAGAAGAGGAGGAAGAGGAGGAGGAGGACGACGACAGCCACGAAGAGGAGAGCGCCGUUGAAGACGAGGAAGCCAUCAACGGCACUGCCCAUCCUGAGCGCGCCAGUCCCGACAGCGCCAGGCCGAAGACAUUUAAGAGUCAAUUAGAAAACAUCAACUUGACCAACGGCCACAGCGGGAGGCACUCGGAGUCGCCGGCCGCCAUCCACCCCAGCGGCAACCCCACGGUGAUCGAGGAGGCCUUGGCGAAGAUCCGGAGCAACGACCCCGACACCCGCGAGGUCAACCUGAACAACAUCGAGAACAUCACGUCGCAGACGCUCGCGCGCUUCGCCGAGGCCCUCCAGGGCAACACGGUGGUGCGCACCUUCAGCCUGGCCAACACGCACGCGGACGACAGCGCGGCCGCCGCCAUCGCCGACAUGCUCCGGGUCAACCGGCACAUCACCAGCGUCAACAUCGAGUCCAACUUCGUCACGGGCAAGGGCGUCCUGGCGCUCAUGCGGGCCCUGCAGCACAACCCCGUGCUCACCGAGCUGCGCUUCCACAACCAGCGGCACAUCAUGGGCAGCCAGGUGGAGAUGGAGAUCGUGAAGCUGCUCCGGGACAACACCACGCUGCUGCGCCUGGGCUACCACUUCGAGCUGCCGGGGCCGCGCAUGAGCAUGACCAGCCUCCUGACGCGCAACAUGGACAAGCAGAGGCAGAAGCGGAUGCAGGAGCAGAAGCAGCAGGAGGCGGCGGACGGCGGGGCCCAGCCCAGGACCGCGGUCUGGCAGAGGGGGACGCCCGGCUCCUCCCCAGAGAAAAAGCUCAUCACCCGCAACAUCGCCGAGGUCAUCAAGCAACAGGAGAGUGCCCAGCGGGCUUUACAAAACGGACAGAAAAAGAAAAAGGGGAAAAAGGUGAAGAAACAGCCGAAAAACGUCCUAAAGGAAAUAAAAAAUUCCUUGAGGCCAGUGCAGGAGAAGAAAGCAGAAGACAGUUACCGACCUUCUACCCCACAGAGAUCUGCCCAUGACAACCUCAUGGAGGCGAUCCGGGGGAGCAGCCUGAGACAGCUAAGGCGGGUGGAAGUUCCAGACGCUCUGCGAUAAACACACAAUCCUGUGAAGAGGAUGCAGACUUAUUCCUUGGCAUUAAAUGAAACGCAUCGGGAGAUGCUUCUAAAGUACCUUCUUCAAUUGGAAACGUCCUCUGACUUUAAAAAAUAGCCUCAGCCAUGAAGUCCAAAGAGAAUCUUAAGAAACAGCCGCGUGUUUCUUCUGUAAAUAUGAAAAUAAACUUCUUUUUUAAUGUCAUGAGAUUUGUAUUGGCAGGAAGCAGUUUGUUUAAAGAUGCUUCAUAGCUCUGAGCUGCUGAGUUAAUGAAAUAUGCUGUUAUUUUUGUAAUCCCAAUAAAUUUGGAUUGAAGUUUUUUUUAAAAA